CACAUUAGUUGCACUUGUGUCCUUUUACAUGUCACUACAUUAACCAACUUUCCUUCUCUGCCUGUAGAUCAGCAACAGGACUUGGACAUACCCAGCCUGCGAGUGGACGAUGGCGAACGGCCCAAGAAGAAAGAGAGGACGGUGUCAGGGAGUGGGUUGAUGAGUGGGCACAUGCCCCUCUCCAUGAUGGCUCCCAUACCCACCACCACCUCAGCCAUCACCACAACAUCACACAAGGAGGUCUCCAUGUCACACAUCCAAGGGGUCAAGAAACCUUUACUGCACGCCAACUCCUUCACAGGAGAGAGGCUUCCAAAGUACGGUGUUGACACUCACCACGAAGAAGAACUGGGCAAGAUUUUAGAGGACAUUGAUAAAUGGGGCAUUGACAUCUACAGGAUAUCUGAACUGUCUAAUAGGAAGCCUCUCACUGCUAUAACAUACACAAUUUUCAUGGAACGUGACCUGUUGAAGACAUUCAAAAUUCCGCCCAAAACAUUUGUAGCAUUUAUGAUGACACUGGAGGACCAUUAUUUGAAGGAUGUGCCCUAUCACAACUCUCUGCACGCUGCUGAUGUCACACAGUCCACACACGUCCUCCUUAACUCUCCAGCACUUGAGGUCAGUACUAGUACCCUAGUUCUUGAUGUUAGUACUAAUACCCUUGUUCUUUGUUAGGAAACCUUACUGACA